CGAUUUUAAAUAUUGGUAACACGCAACCCCCCUAGAACAACAGCGUGUAUUGUACAUUGCACAAUGGCUGGUUCAAUAUCACAGCAGCUGGAGGAUUUAUUAAACCCUCUCCCAAAGUUCGUGGACCCAGAGGAUGAUCAUGAUGAGGAGACUAAAGCCAAGGUGAUAGAUACUUUUGAUGAGGGUGAUGAGGAAGAAGAUGGCGUGUCUUUGAGCGCACUGCGUAAACAGGCCACAGCCCUGCUGCCAGAGACGGACAGCAGGUACCAGGGCAAGACCACCUCUCGCAAGGAGCUGCUGAGGGACAUCACAGGCUCUGUUCAUCUCACAGACCUCCUCUGUGUGGAUGACAAGGAGGGCGAUGGCAGUGAUGAAGAGGAGGGCAGUGAUGGAGCUGAGGAAGAGGAGGCUCUGGAGGACAGAGGGGAGGCGGGGCUGUCCGAGGUUGGAGGCUUGGUGUCCAGGAUGAAGAGCACUGAGCUGACGUCUUCCUCAACGAUGGACUUCCACAUGCUUGACGGCAGGGAAUGGACGACCUGGGGGAGGACGACAUGGAUGGCAGCUCCCAGGAGGACGGAGAGAGCUCCCAGGAGGACGGAGAGAGCUCCCCGGAGGACGGAGAGAGCUCCCCGGAGGACGGAGGAGAGCUCCCAGGAGGAGGGAGAGAGCUCCCAGGGGGAGGAGGACACAGAAGAUGAGGAGAUGGAAGAUGAAGAUCUGGGAGCUGUGAGGACUUUCUCUAAGGAGAAGGUAGAUGAAGAGGUGGAGAAGGGGAAGGCAGUGAAAGACCAGCUGGCUCUUUGGGACCAACUGCUUGAGGGACGAAUCAAAAUCCAGAAAGCUCUUGUGACAGCCAAUCAGCUUCCUCAGCCCCAGACCUUUCCAGAGUUCAAGAGGAGGGGAGGAGCUGAGUUGGCGGGGGCGCUGAAGAACAGUCACAAAGCCCUGAAGGCCCUCCAGAGGUCUCUGCUAGAGCUUCAGGACCAGCUGCUGUACCAGAGCCCCGACACCAGGCCCCUGGCCCUGGGCAGGAGGUGGGGAGAACACAGUGAGGAAGAGGAGAUUCAGAGUGAUGAAGAGGAGCAGGAAGCAGGGCAGGAAGUGGGGGUUUCCGUGGCGCCCGGAGGGGAGGCGGGGCCUCCCAAGCGUAAGCUAGACAUGGCAGAGAACCCAGAGUUCAUGGCCAAGCGUUUCGCAGCCUUCCAGCCCUACAGGAACACCACCCUGCAGAGCUGGCAAGACAAAACCAGACUGACAGUGGGGAAGGGGGCCAAGGUCAGAACACACACACUCACACACACACACAUGUAAACACACACACAUUAUACACACACACACACGUAUGUGGGUGCCUUGUAAGCACCUGCAGAGUCAGAGAAUUCUCAUAAUUCAAGUUUC